AGCGGUAGAGAGAGAGAGGCAUUACUGUCAUGCACUUUCCGCAUACUCGAUCGAAAAGCGUUGUGGAAUUCUCCUCUUUCUUGCGCGCUCUUGAGGUUUGGUUUGAAUCUGGUGUGUUUCAUUUCUGUUCUGGGUUUAAUUUGGUGAAGUUUGGUGGAGAAAAUGGAGUUUGAUUUCUCUAUAAGACCUGGAUAAGAAAUCCGUUGAUGAAUUCGAAGCCAAGAAUGGGAAUAAACCAUGAAAAAUGUGGACUUGGUUCUUCAUUUUCUAAUCAACUCUGAUGUUAAUGUCUUCUCGAUUCGGCGGUUUUCUGUAGUUUAACUGUUUAAGAGCUAAAUUGCAGUUUAAGGUAGUUGCUGGAGUUGCUAGAGUUGGGGUUGGGGUUCAGUCAAGUUCAGUCGGUGACGGCUAGGGUUUGUGGAAAAUGGCGUCAGUUAAGAGCAUUGAGAAUCUUGUAGCAGCUCGGAAGUCCUUGAAGACAAGCUUAGAGAAAUCGAAAGCUCUUGCUUUUGCUUUGGAGAAAGCUGGUCCGAGACUAGAGGAGAUUAACCAGAGAUUACCCUCUUUGGAAGCUGCAGUACGCCCCAUCCGAGCGCAGAAAGAGGCUUUGGUUGCUGUUGGUGGGCACAUAGAUCGGGCUGUUGGCCCUGCCGCUGCAGUUCUGAAGGUCUUCGAUGCGGUCCAUGGACUCGAGCGGAUGCUUUUGUCAGACCCUGGUUCUGAUCUCCCAGGUUACCUCGCGGUUCUCAAACGACUUGAGGAAGCGUUGAGGUUCCUUGCUGAUAAUUGCGGGUUAGCGAUUCAAUGGUUGGAAGAUAUCGUGGAAUACCUGGAAGACAACACGGUUGCAGACGAUCGGUACCUUUCGAAUUUGAAGAGUUCAUUGAAGAAACUGCGAGAAUUGCAGACGGAUGAGGAAAGGGCUCACCUUGAAGGUGGGCUUCUUGAGGCUGCGUUAGACAAAUUGGAAGCCGAAUUCCGACGUCUUCUUACGGAAAACAGUGUUCCUCUACCGAUGUCCUCGUCCUCUUCCCUUGGAGAGCAAGCCUGCAUUGCUCCUUCGCCGUUGCCAGUCUCUGUUAUCCAGAAGCUACAGGCAGUUAUUGAUAGAUUAAGUGCUAAUAAGCGACUUGAAAAAUGCAUCUCAAUCUAUGUCGAGGUACGGAGUUCGAAUGUUAGGGCAAGCUUGCAAGCUCUCAAUUUGGACUACCUUGAAAUAUCCGUCUUGGAGUUCAAUGAUGUGCAGAGCAUAGAAGGUUACAUAGCUCAGUGGGGCAAGCAUUUGGAAUUUGCUGUAAAGCACCUUUUUGAAGCUGAGUACAACCUUUGCAAUGAUGUAUUUGAGAAGCUUGGAAAGGAUAAAUGGAAAGACUGCUUUGCCAAGAUAGCUGCCCAGGCUGGUAUUCUCGCUUUCCUCCAAUUUGGGAAGACAGUUACCGAGAGUAAGAAUGACCCCAUCAAGCUCCUGAAGCUGUUGGAUAUUUUCUCCUCUUUGAACAAAUUAAGGUUGGAUUUCAACCGUCUAUUUGGAGGGCAAGCCUGUAUUGAAAUUCAAAACACGACGAGGGAUCUCAUCAAGAGGGUUAUUGAAGGGGCUUGUGCGAUUUUCUGGGAACUUUUGGUUCAGGUGGAGUUACAGAGACAGAAUCCGCCUCCUUCAGAUGGCAGUGUCCCAAGGUUGGUGAGCUUUAUCACUGACUACUGUAAUCGGCUACUCGGUGAUGACUAUAGGCCAAUCUUGAUACAGGCUCUGGUCAUUCACCGCAGCUGGAAGCAAGAGAAAUUCCAAGAGGGGCUUCUAACUGAUGCAGUUUUGAAUAUAAUCAAGGCCAUGGAUAUUAACUUGGAGACAUGGGCAAAGGCCUAUGAGGAUACCACUUUAUCAUAUCUCUUUCUGAUGAACAACCACUGGCACUUUUACAAGCACUUGAAAGGCACAAAGCUUGGGGAUCUCUUGGGAGAUGAAUGGUUGAGGGAGCAUGAACAGUACAAGGACUAUUUUGCUGCUGUGUACUUGAGAGAGAGCUGGAGUAAGCUUCCGGGUCUACUAAGCAGGGAAGGUCUAAUUCUAUUUUCAGGUGGGAGAGCAACAGCUCGUGAUCUGGUGAAGAAGAGGCUGAAGGGAUUCAAUGAAGCUUUUGAUGACAUGUAUAAGCAGCAGUCCAACUGGGUUGUGUCUGAAAAGGAUUUGAGGGAGAAGACAUGCCAGCUAGCAAUACAAACUAUUGUUCCUGUUUACAGGAGUUAUAUGCAGAACUAUGGACCCUUGGUUGAACAAGAUGCAAGCGCUAGCAAGUAUGCAAAAUAUACAGCUCAGAAUUUAGAGAAGAUGCUGAGCUCUCUGUUUCAGCCAAAGCUGGGGAAAUACGGCAGUUCUAAAGCCAGGCAAUCAAAUGGGAAACUCAACAAUGCAGUGACCAAUCAGUUUCAAUCUACCCCAACUGUUGUAUAAUUAUGGGAACCAUGUUAAGUCUCUUGGAUCAUGUGGAAGGAAACUUGAACUUCUUGCCUUGCCCCUUUCUCUGUGCAAUUAGGCUUUUGGUUGAUUGAUCUGGUUGUCAUCUGUACUUGGAUGUUAACCUGCGCAAGUGUAGAUAUUGAUAUCAUGAUAUCCCAAGGUACCAUGGCAGGUUGGCUGAUUUUUUUGAUGUUCUUUCUCUCACUGUGUCGCUCUGCCAAGAACAUGGUGAAUGAUGAUCAACAAGAAAGAAAGAGAAGAAUAUGGAAUAUAUUACCUUAUCCUUUCCCCAGGGAGUUCUGAAAGACGAUGAAGUUCUCACAGAGAGGAAAUUGUCAAGAUAAAUUGAAUAUGCGGGUUCACUAGAUCAAAGCUAGCGAAUUUCCUGGUAGAUCUAAUUUCCUUUAUUUGACAUCGCUUUCACUUUUCUGUAGUCCAUAUUUUGUUUUCCUAUUUCUAUAAAAUGUCCUCCUUCAUUUAGCUAUUUAUGUUGGCGGCGGUGAAAAUGAUUCUAAUGUUCUCAUUAGCUAUGGAAGUUUGUGAAUUUCAUUAGCUGCACAUUCUUAUUAUACUUUCUUUGCCUUCAGACUUUGUGUACCUUCAGAUGGCAUUAGCAGACAAAGCUUAUAUGAAAAAUGAAUCAGUUACAUAUUUAUUA